AUGCAAAUUGGGGAAACUGAUUUGACAAUCAGAGGGAUCUCAUUUGAUGAAUACCACAAGGCGAUCAGCAUCGAUCGUCUAGGUGAAAUCUAUCCCCUUCUCAACCCCGACCAUUUCUUUGCGGAGAAGGACGACAAAGGCCUCGUACUAGUAGAGACCUUCGGCAUGUACGGUGCCCCAUCCGAGCUUUACAUACACCCCAAGCAAGAUAUCGCGGUCCCGGUCACGCGCCUAGCUGAUUAUCCGAUACUGGUGGCUGGUUUCACGACCCUAAGAGACGGAACGGACCCUAAGAUGCUCGCUUACCAUCAAUACAAGCCGAUGGAUGAUGGUUACAAAGUCAAACUCUGCUGCAUAAUGCUCACGAAUACACCGAAAGAAAUCAUGGAUGCACACAAGGUGCACAUGGCGAUUGAGAUUUGGCAAGGAGCUAAGAUCGCAGCGGCAGCGCUUUGA